GUGGAUGUGUUGGCCCUCCCUCGUCAUUAUCUGGGCUAUCAAAGAAGUACCCUGCUGUCAGAAAACUAUAUAAAUGUAAUAAAUAAAGGGACAACUCAGGGACACAAACAAACACACACACAUACACCUCCCCCAUGGCCCCCUGUCAUCCAAAUACCUCGUGACGUAAGACUCCCCUUUAAAAGAUGCUGCAUAGCGCAACUGAGCUCACUUAACACUUCAUCCAUCGAGUCUUCAUUGUCAGCGAGGAUUACAAUUCAUCUUAAAAAUGAUGACCAGGGGAUGAGAUCAGAUUCCACCAAACAUAAAGCAACAGUUAGGAAAAGGUUGAGUUGUGUAAACUGAGGUGAAUAAUGGCAGCUUUGCCAACACCUUAAGGCGUCAAAAGAAGCUUGUGAGCUUACUAAACCUUGCUGAAUCCGGUGAUGCGUUAAGGAAACAGGUGGUCUACUUCAUGUGCCCUUCGUGUGUUUUUUAGCCUUCUAGUCAGUUUUUCAUGAACGAGUUAUCAGCCAUAUGCUUUCAGCAUCACUGGGGAAAUGUGCGUUUUGAAAACCUGAAGCGCGCUUCUGUCCCAAAAGAAAAACAGCAUGGAGAAAGCCCUAAGCAGAAACUUUCCAGUAGAACAAAGUGACCAACCAUAACUACUGAAACGGAUCCAGAGUGAAGACGAGCUCCGAUGAAUGGACAGCAGGAUGUUUUCUGGUCAGGCUGGUCUUAAUUACAGCUUCAACCUGAGCGAUGACCGGGAGCUGCUGGACGCCCCGGCUGGCAGCGCGAAGCUCUCCCCGACGGGCUUCGUCGUGCUGUCCGUGGUGCUGGGCUUCAUUAUGACUUUCGGCUUCCUGAACAACUUCAUUGUGCUGCUUCUGUUUUGCAAAUUCAAGAAGCUGCGAACACCGGUGAACAUGCUGCUGCUGAACAUAAGCGUGAGCGACAUGCUGGUGUGUGUGUUCGGCACUACGCUCAGCUUUGCCUCCAGUAUCCGCGGAAAGUGGCUGCUGGGGCGCAGCGGCUGCAGCUGGUACGGCUUCAUCAACUCCUGCUUUGGUAUUGUUUCGCUGAUCUCUCUGGUAAUCCUGUCCUACGACCGCUACAGCACUCUGACUGUAUACAACAAGCGGGGGCCAAACUACCGCAAGCCCCUGCUGGCUGUCGGUGGCUCUUGGCUGUACUCCUUGUUCUGGACAGUGCCCCCUCUGCUGGGUUGGAGCAGCUAUGGCAUAGAGGGGGCAGGAACCAGCUGCUCUGUGUCCUGGACGGUUCAGACAGCCCAGUCGCACGCCUACAUCAUCUGCCUCUUCAUUUUCUGCCUUGGUUUACCUGUUCUGGUGAUGAUCUACUGCUAUGGCAGGCUCUUACUGGCAGUCAGACAGGUCGGUAAGAUCCGAAAGACUGCAGCCCGAAGGAGAGAAUACCACAUCCUGUUCAUGGUUCUGACCACAGCAGCCUGCUACCUGCUGUGCUGGAUGCCGUAUGGAGUCGUGGCCAUGAUGGCAACAUUCGGCCCGCCAAACAUCAUCAGUCCUGUGGCCAGCGUGGUGCCCUCGCUACUGGCCAAGAGCAGCACUGUUAUCAAUCCCCUCAUCUAUAUACUUAUGAACAAACAGUUCUACAAGUGUUUCCUGAUUCUGUUUCACUGUGAUCACUGGUCAGUGGAGAACAUGUCGCUGCCCUCCAAGACCACAGUAAUCCAGCUCAACCGAAGAGUCUACAGCAACACGGUGGCCUGCACUGCCCAGAUCUCCAAUGACACUGUCAAACAGUGCUGCAGCAAUACAGUCACCAAGCACACAACGCCGCCUCAGGUCAGCACCUGAGACUGAAUGUCCUCAACAUGACAGGAAACACCCUCCUGAUGAGGAAGCACUGGCUCAGCUCGAAAUCUACACACAACGUCAACUGUCCUGGAAUGUGGACUAAAGCACAAUAGAUAUAGAAAGUAAAUGUAUUUAAUGUGUUUGUACAGAUAAGAAUCUUUAGUUUGGGUUCUUAUGUUUGUUUGGACAUGCAAGACACAGAAAAUGCAUGUUUUAUAUACCCUGCGUGGCCAAGCGUACGCCGACACCUGCACAUCACACCCAUAAGUGAUUGUUAAACAUCUCUUUCCUAACCCAUCAAAAUGCUGCUGUAAGAACAUUAUUUUUUUUUUCUCGAAAGCUUUCCACAAGAUUUAGGAACCUGGCUGCAGAGUUUUGCUGCCAUUCAGCCACAAUGUGAGGUCAGGCACUGAUGUUGGCUGAUGAGGCCUGGAUUGCAGUCGGCUCCACACCAAAUGGUGUUUGAACGGUUUUGGUCAGGAUCCUCUGUGGGCCAGUCAAGUUCUUGUUCACCAAACUCUGAAAACCAUUUCUGUAUGGACUUCAUUGCAUGCAUGGGAAAACGUACUGUUGACAUAGGAAAGGAUCUUCCUAAAACUGUUGCCACAAAGUUGGAAGCACACCAUAUAGUGUCUUAAAUAUAGUUGUGCUAUACUGUCACGAUUUCCCCUAAUUGGAGCCAGGAAGCACAAGCCCCAAAAAACAGCCCCAGAUAUGAAGAGUUUUAUGUGUUUUUAGUCAGGAAAAUACUUUCCUUUCAGUAUUUACUAUUUAUUUCAUUUCAAAAUUGUAGUAGUUGAUAGCUAAAGGUUUAAAGGAUGUCAUUGUUUAAAUAGACAUAUACUCUUAAGUACACUGGAUGCAGGGUGAAAAUGUUUUGAUCUCUGAUAUCUACACAUAAGUCUUUCAAAAUGAUAAUAUAUGAUAACAUUUAUGUUGCGUUCAAAUUUGAUUUGAAUUCCUUUAGAAAUCCAGAAUCUUUCCCAGCCAUAUUUUCUGCAAAACAAAAAUCCAAGUGCCUAUUCUGUUGCGCUAUAGUUUGUCAUUAUGCUAAAUAGAUGUUUGCCUCUUCAGUCAGAGUCUGCCAGUGGACUGAUGAACUCAUCAGUCAGCUUCCAUCGUUUCCUCCUUUUUCCAGCCUGUAGGUUGCUAUGACUAUAAAUGCAGCUGAAUCCUAAAAAUUUUCACACAAAGACUUGAUUCUAAAAUGAACUUUGAACUUGUAGAUACUCAAAAUGUCUGCUUGGUAGGCUUUCCUGUGUUAGUGUUCCCUUAUUUGAUAUAGAUACUUUGACAUAUUUUGCAUGAUUUUGUUGCAUGUGUCUUUGUGUGUUAAAUUCCAAACUGAUCUGAAAUACAAAGAGACACAUGUAUUCAGGUAAAGAGCUCUGCCGUCUAUAAUAGUGACUGGUUACACCUGUGGCCUCACUAGUAAGGACAAACUAUGGCACAAGUGGAGGGAGGAGGCCAUGGGAGGUUUCCAUCAUGGGGCAUUUGGCCUGUGAAGUGGACCGACUAUGACCACUGCCGCAGUUAGCAAAAGGAGGGGACAUGGGAUGCCCAGUGGCUCAUAUUUCACCUGAUUUUAGUUUCCCAUGAGGCCCGUCUGAGACUGCAAAAAGAAAAAUUGUGGUGUUUGACUACAAGGCAUACAGUACGACACAACUAUGAUGCAACACGUUCACAUAGCUAAGUCAAGUUUGCAAAAGUCACAGAGAAAUGCACCAGGGAUUUGGAAUUCGCAAAUAUACUGGUGACAGAAAGUGCUGAAAUUUUAUGGGCGGACUGAAACGUUCUUGAAAAACUGUGCACAUAUUAAGCUUAUGUUGGAUCCAGAUGUGCUGAAGAUGCUUCGCUUUGAAACGUCAUUGACCGACCUUCUCACUGCAGGUUGAAGAUGAAACCCUGAUGAUGAGAGGCCAAAUUAGUGUUCUGCAAACUGACUUGAGUCAGUUCCAGCUGUGAAUGAAUGCUAACCUAAGUGACUCUAAAGGAUAGACAAUUUAUUGUAUUUUAUUGUUGCAUUUAAUUGUUUUAAUAAAUAUUAUUGCUG